AUGUUCGUAGACGAGCAGUUCCCGCCAGAUGAAUCAUCGCUUUGGGGCCGAGAUUCGUUGCAGCGGUGGUGCUAUGAGAAGCUCGAAUGGCUGCGUCCGCACCAACUUCGCCCGAUGCCACAUGGUCUUUUUGAUGCAGAUGCAAAGCCGGGAACAUGCAGUGUAAGACAAGGCUGCAUCCCCGAUUGUUACCUGGUCUCCGCAAUUGCUCUUGUGGCCCAACAACCUCAUCUGGUACGGCAUCUGUUUGUUGCUUACGAGCCGGAGGAAGGAAUUUGCACAGUCAAGCUGUUCAACGGAGGCUGGAAGAAGGUCACCAUUGACACCUUGUUACCUUGUGUGAAACAGCGACCUGCCUUCGCUCAUCAUGACGGUGGAAGGGAGUUGUUUGCUUGCUUCCUGGAAAAGGCCUGUGCAAAACUGCAUGGCAGCUAUGCUUGUUUGUGUGGCGGCCGUGUUGACGAGUCGCUGUUCACACUCACAGCUGCACCGGCCUUGGAGAUCAGAUCCUUCAUGCGUGAAACUCUUCUGGAAAAGCUGCAGGCAAAUGGUGCGGCGAAUUUGCUGGCAUGUGCAAGCACGUCGCUGACGUCUGGCCCCUCACGUCCUGUCUCUGCAAUGCCCAUCCGUCCUGACCAUACGUAUAUUGUCAGAUGUGUUGGCGAUCCGUGUCCGAAUCCCAAGAUUAUGGUAUUAGACCUCGGUGCUGAUGAAAGAGGUGAGAAGUAUCCCGAAUCGAGCAUCGGAGAACUCUUAAUGCACUUGGACGACUUUCUCCGGACGUUCAAUCGACUGUUUGUCUGCUAUGUUGGACAAUUUCAUGCAUCACCCUCUCUGCCUCGACACUCUGUGGAUGUGGCCGUUACCGUGAGCACCGCAGGUGGUGCCUCAUCGUUUCCGACGUUCGAAGACAAUGCCAUGUUUAGGAUCGUGCCAUCGCGGAAAACGCUACUAGCAGUGACACUGUCACAGCGUGAGAUUCCACAGACUGCUCGAGAGCUCAACAUGUAUGGACGGUUGCCUCUUCCGCAGAUUGGGGUCACGGUUCUUCGUCAAGACGUGUUUCCUGAUGUUCCAACAGAUGCGAAGAGCUGCACCCGCAACCGUCGCAGAAUCUUGCAUCAGACCCCCUUUGAAGGCAAAAGGCAGGCAUCUCUUGUCUUUGAGGUUGAGAGCCUUCCAGCAAACUUGGAAUACCGAGUUGUUCCGUCUCAUUACUUCCCUGGAGAUCGUGGUUCGGGCCGAUUCCAGCUUCAUUUCACGUGGUCAGGCCCAGAAGAUGGCAUCCUCAUCGAAGAAAUCACGGAGUGCUCUUGUGGAACCGAUGUUAAAUUUGCAGGGACCUUGGCUCCCUGUAAACAGGCCAUAUUCUCUUCCCAAUCUCCGUCCUUCCGAGUUUGCAGCCCUUCGGUUCCAGUUCAUGUCACAGCAACAUUGACACGUCGUGUCGAAUCAACGCUUUGCUGGUGGAAGCAGGAUCCCUUGCAAGCAUUGUUGCGCGAUGCUUUUUGCUCGUUUGAUGCUGAUGCCGAUGGGUUUCUUAGUCGAGACGAACUAGCAGACCUGUCCUCUGGAUUAUUGAGAAAUGAUUCGCCAAGCAAGACUGAUUCAGGUCCCACGAAACUGCAGAUAUUCGCACAGCGGUGUGAUCAGUUGGAUCUUGACACCAUCAGCUUCGGUCAGUUCUUGUCACAUAACCUUUGGUCUGGGCUUGCCAUGAAGGGUGAUCUCGAACGGAAUGCGCUCAAGAUGAGAGAGUGCUCUCGUACCUCGAGAGAUUCGCAUAGUUUGGCGGCAUGUGCUGCUGCAGAUUCUUCUUACGCUGCAGUGGCCGCAUUGGAUUGUCCGGCACAGUCGUUCCAAGAUGCACGUGUUUCGCUGGCCAAAGGCUGUUCUGAGCUUCCACUAUUGAGUGAUGCGGCUGUAUGGUCUACAAGUUACUCGAUCCAGCAGCCGGAAUUUUACUUGUGUCCCGUUUUGCAGGGAAGUGCAAGCUGCAGUUUCGAACUGCGCAUUCAGAGUUCGUGCAAUGAGCUCCGGGUGGAGAUGGCUGGAGCUGCAGGAAUCUCGACGCAAAAGAUGCAACCAUGCUGCUAA